GGUUCGCGUAGGUGUCUUGCAUCGUGUGCACGUAUCCCAGCGGGCUGGGACACAUAAAGGGAUCCACUUCCCCAGACUCUGUCCCUGUGACUUCGCGAUUUCCAUCGAUCCUUCCUCUUUAUUACUCUUCGACUGUUGGUAACUAUCGUCCAUCAUGACACCUCAUGCGGAGAAGGACGCCGUCGAGCAAGUGGAGCAGGCUCAGAGCUCUACUGACAGUACUGCCUUGGGCGAGCGCGGCUUCGUUGGUGAAGCCAAUGAGCUGCCAAAGGGAUACUUCUAUUCCCCUUUCUUCAUCGGGACGACGUGCGCUAUCGGCAUGAACUUGAUGGUGAGCUCUUUUGCCCUUCUCGAUCUGACCUAAAGGAUGCUAAUGCUCGUGACCAGGCGUCAACGGGAGGCUUCGCCCUGGUAGCUCCUGUCCUGAGUCAGAUUGCGGUCGCCCUCGGCCCAACCAACAGCAUAAUCUGGCUAUCCCUCGUCUAUACCAUUGGUCUGGCUGUCGGACUCACGCUCGUCGGCCGUCUGUCCGACAUCUUCGGGCGCCGCUGGUUCUUCAUCGUCGGAACGGCAUUAGGCUGUCUUGGGGCCAUCGUUUGUUCCACGGCGAAGACGGUUCCGGUUCUCAUCGGUGGCCAAGUCCUAAUCGGUCUCUCCGCAUCGACAGGAUACUCCUACGCCUUCAUCAUCGGAGAGUUGGUUCCCGUCAAGUACAGGUUCAUGUUCAACGCACUCAUCUUCGUGUUCUCGUUUCCGACUGCGGGAUUCGGCGCUGCGAUAUCGACGGCUUUCAUCCUGCACACGAAAGCCGGGUGGCGAUGGGUG